CCGAUCUCUCAUGACAUUUCUCCCAAACCCCACCACCCAAGAAUCGCGCCCACACACAGACAUACCGCCACCACAUGGCCUUCCCACCGCCAUCAGCAUCACCGGCAGCUAAUUUCAUGUUCCAAACCCGCCACCAUCACCACCAGGAAGACCCACUUCCUUCAAUCAUCCCGCCGAACCACAACGGCGGCGAUCCCAUCCACCACAAUGCGCCUUUCUUGAUGAAGAGGUCCAUGUCCUUCUCCGCGGCUGAUCACAACCAGAGAUCGUGUGGGGGCGGGGGCGGCGGUGGCGAUGACGACGACCUGUCGGAUGAUGGGUCGCAGCUGCUUCUUGGGGAGAGGAAGAAGAGGCUGAGCUUGGAGCAAGUGAAGGCGCUCGAGAAGAGCUUUGAGAUCGGGAACAAGCUCGAGCCCGAGCGGAAGGUCCAGCUCGCUAGGGCGCUCGGCCUCCAGCCGAGGCAGAUCGCCAUCUGGUUCCAGAACCGGCGGGCUCGCUGGAAGACCAAGCAGCUGGAGAGGGACUAUGAGGUGUUGAAGAAGCAGUUCGAGGCCCUGAAGGCUGACAACGAUGCUCUUCAUGCCCAGAAUGAGAAGCUUCAUGCCGAGCUAUUGGUUCUCAAAGGAAGAGACACAAAUGAAGCACCCGGCAACCUCAAGAAGGAAAUCGAGAGGUCGUAUUGGAGCAACGGGAGCGAGAACAGUUCCGAUAUCAACUUAGAUAUCUCGAGGACAUCAGUCAUGAACAGCCCCGCGUCUUCACAGUUCAGCAACAAGCACCACUUCACCUCGUCGAUGAGGCCCUCCGUCACAGCCCAACUGCUCCACGGCUCGACGAGAUCGGAUCUGCAAUGCUUUAAGGUUGACCACCAAGGUGUUCAAGAGGAAAGCUUCUGUAACAUGUUCAACAAUGGGAUGGAAGACCAUCAUGGCUUUUGGCCAUGGGCUGAACAGCAACAUUUCAGUUGACCAAUGCACAGUUUAAGCAAAAGGGUAAGGCAAAAAACCAAACAAGACCAGUCCCCAUUGUGCCUAUAUUAGUCUCAAUUCAGCUUGAGAAUAUCCUUAAGAAAAUUAAUGCAUCUGAUUUUUCCUGCUGGUUAUAUGUCAUUGUUAAAACUUUUCAAUAGAGAUUGGGUCAUUUUUUGAGUGUAUAGAAUUGAAUUUUACCCUGGU